CUAAUACAUAUCAAAUUUAAAAAUAAGUAUUAUCUAUAUUAAAAUAAGUAAAUUAUCAUCAGAAAGAACUUAAAGAAUAGAACUUGUUAGUAUAAAACAGUAGAAUAGAAAAGUAGAAAAAUUUAGAAUACUGUUAACAUGUAGUAGAAUUAACAAUUUCCUAGAUAUGGAACAUCCACAUUUGGAGAUAUUAAAAAAGUUGGUGAAUUUAUUAUAGAUAUGAAACAUCUUUUAGGUAAAGGUACUUUUGGAGAAGUUUAUAUAUGUUGGAGAGAGAAGGAACCUUCAAUAAAAUUUGCAUGCAAAAUUAUACCUAUUUCAAAUUUAGAGUAAGAUAAGCUAAAGCAAUCAUUAGAGGAAGGGAGAUUACUAAUGCUUGCUUAGGGGAAGAAUAUUGUCCCUAUGAUUACUUUUAUCAAGAGUCCUAACAACUUUUAUUACAUAACAUAAUUUUGCAACCAAGGAAAUUUGCAAGAAUUCAUAAACAAAAACUAAAAAAUAAUUAAUGAAGGGUUUCUUCUGAAUAUCUUUAAAAUGAUUUGUGUAGGAUAUUAUGAAUAAAUAUUUAGUAAAAAUUUAAUUCACAGAGACAUUAAGCCUGAAAACAUAUUAAUUCAUGAUGGCAUACCUUUGAUAGCGGAUUUUGGCUUUGCAAAACAUUUAGAUGACAAUGAAGUUUAAAUUGAACAGACUUACAAAUGUACUCCUAUGUAUGCAUCUCCACAAAUUUAUAUAUUAGAAGAAAAAUGCACAUAUAGCUAUAAAGCUGAUAUAUACAGUUUUGGAGUUAUGCUUUACUAAAUGAUCUACGGUUAUGUACCUGGAAAGCCUUAAUCCAGAAUAGAUGUAUAAAAAUUUAUGAAGAAAAUCAAAGAAUAAGGAACUAAAAUUAUAGAUUUCCCUUCUGACCAUAAGUUUUAAGUUUCUUUUGAAACGAAAUAAGCGAUCAAGAGUAUGAUGGAAUAUAAAGAAGAAAACAGAAUUUCGAUUGAAGAGUUGCUAAAUCAUAAGAUGUUUAAUUUAAUAGAAAUGGAAGAUAAUAAUUAAUAUUAUGAAAAUGAUGAAAUCAGUUAAAGUUUAUAAAAAAGCUACAUCGGUUUGAAAAGAAGAGGUAUACAAGUCACUAAAAUUUAAUCCGUUAAAACUUCGAAUCCCAUUCAAAGUUAAGACACUACAGAGUAAUCUAUUGAAGCAGUGGAUAAGUAUUAUUUGUUUAUCAGAAAUGUAGCAGUUUUCUCAAAAAUAACACUUAGCAAUCUAUAUCAUAUUUACGAAGAAUUUAAAAGUGCAGGAAUCUUAGAAAUUAAUUUAGAUUAUAUUUUAAUGGCUUUAUAGUUCCAUUAUCAGCUAGCUAUAUUGUAUUGCAUUGAAACAAUAGACGGAGGAGCUAAUUAAAAAAUACCUUACAAUUCUAAUUAUAAGCUAAGCAGCCAGUAUUAAUAUACUAAAAGUAUUAUUGAAUAAGAAUAUAAGGAAGCUGAAUAAUAAACUAAAUUUUUAAAAAACAAAAUAAUGUAAAAAAUAAAUAAUUAUAAUGUCAUUUAUCAAAAUAAUGAGCUCAAAUCUUAGGUCUAGGAGCUAAGCAACUUUCUUCAAGAAAACCAAACUUUAAGCAAUGUAAUUAUUGCAUAUAAGAGGCACAUGAAAAAACAUUUUAUUAGUUCUUUUGAACUUAUUUUGAAAAACCCUCAAAAUAAUCUUAGGUAAAACAAAACAGUUUUAUAGAUUAUGUUGUCACUAUGUAUAAUCCACUCUUAAGUGAUGGCUAUAAAUAAAUUCGACACAAUGUAGUUCAAUGAAUUUUACUAGCAAUUUGCUUUACCAAAUGAACAUUUAAUAUAAUUAAUUGAAAUUUCUUUGAAAAACUUUAAUUGAAAUAUUUGAG